AUGAAUGAUGUUUGGAGUCAAAUCCGUAUUCAACAAGAGCUCUCAGAUCAGUUGGAAUUACAAGCAGCUGAGGAUACAGAGCUAGUUUCUUGCGAUGAACAAGAUUAUGACUAUAGUUUUGAAGAAAACGAAGAUGCAGAUGAAUCAGAGGACGAUUAUGAAAGCCAACUGUUGUCUGCACAACAGCAGUGGGAAGAAUCGCUUGAACAGCUGAGCCAGGUUUUGAACUGGGUUCUCUUGCCUCUAAUUGGAAAAUAUUUAGGAAGAAGAACAGCGCUUCGAGUUUGGAGGAACGUUAUAGAAUACAUUUGGUGA